AUGUCUGCAACUCAAGUCGACAUUGAAAAGGCUCCAUAUGCCGAAAAGAAAUCUUCCAAUGACUCCUUUGACCGUUCAGUCGAAGCUAACUCCGGUGACGCCGAAGUCUCUAACAUUAAAGGUCUUGGUUUUUUAACAAACUCGCCUUGAAGAUGAACGCUGAAACCAAGGGUGUUGAACUUGUCACUGAUGAAGAAAAGAUCGAUGAUUCCCUUUGGAAUGCUGCUUCUAUGUGGUUAUCCGCUAACCUUGUCAUUGCCACCAUCUCUCUUGGUGCUCUUGGUACUGGUCUUUUCGGUCUUUCCUUCUGGCAAGCCUUCAUUGUCAUUCUUUUCUUUUCCGCUAUUGGUGCUACCCCAGUCGCCUAUUUUUCCACUUUUGGUCCAAAAUUAGGUCUUAGACAAAUUUUCCUUUCCAAGUUCCUUAUUGGUGACUACGGUAUGAGAAUCUUUGCCUUUAUCAACAUGAUUGCUUGUGUUGGUUGGGGUGCCGUGAAUAUCAUGGCUUCUGCUCAAUUGUUGCACAUUGUUAACAACGGUGCCCUCCCACCUUGGGCCGGUUGUUUUAUCCUCGUCGUUUUGACUAUCUUGGUUACCUUCUUUGGUUACCACGUUAUUCAUUUGUACGAAAAAUGGUCUUGGAUUCCAAAUGCCAUCAUCUUUUUGAUCAUUCUCUGUAGAUUAUGUGCUGCUCGUACCUUUGUUGGUGGUGGUUUCCCAGGUGGUGAAACUACUGUUGGUAACGUUCUUUCCUUUGGUGGUACCGUUUACGGUUUCGCAACUGGUUGGACUACUUAUGCCUCCGAUUACACUGUCUAUCAACCAAGAAAUGCCAACUCUACCAAGAUUUUCCUUUACAUCUUUGGUAGUUUGUGGGUCACCUUGAUUAUCGGUUUGACUCUUGGUGCCGCUUGUGGCGCCGCCGCUGGUCCAGAAACUAGACUCGGAGAAUUGUACAAGACUGAAUCUAUUGGUGGUUUGAUGUACGGUAUUCUUGUUGAAGACUCUCUUCACGGUUUCGGUCAAUUCUGUUGUGUCCUUCUUGCCUUGUCCACUGUUGCCAACAACAUUCCAAAUAUGUACUCCAUUGCCUUGAGUGCUCAAGCUUUUGCUUCUCCACUUACCAAGGUUCCAAGAGUUAUUUGGACCAUUUUGGGUAACUUUGUUACUUUGGCCAUUUGUAUUCCAGCUUACUACAAGUUUGAAAGUGCUAUGGAAAACUUUAUGAAUUUGAUUGGUUACUACUUGGCUAUGUACCAAGCUAUGUGUCUUUCUGAACAUUUCAUUUACAAGAAGGGUAACUUUGCCAACUACGACUACCACAACUCUAGUGACAAGUCCAAGUAUCCACUUGGUAUUGCUGGAACUUUUGGUUUCUGUUGUGGUGUUGCCGGUGCCGUUGUUGGUAUGAACCAAACUUGGUACAAAGGUCCAGUUGCUGCCACCAUCGGUGCCUUUGGUGGUGAUGUUGGUUCUGAAUUGGCCUUUGCCUUCUCUUUUGUUGGUUUCAAUCUUGUCAGACCCUUUGAAAUCAAGUACAUUGGUCGUUAA